UUUUAUUAUUUUAAAAAACUUGAGAGAGCGCCUUGUAUAAUGAUAGAAGACAUUUAUCCAUUAUUUGGUUGGAACGAGCCUGUUCCUAGAGAGUUUAAAGAAAUAUUUUAAAAGUGUAUAAAGAAAGACUCAGAAAUAGGACAAGAUUGUAAUUCAAGAAAGUGUAGUAGUACAUUAGAAGAAUCAUUAAGUAUAUGAUAGUAAUAAACAAGUAGUUGUUGAUGAAGAUUAUGAAAUAAUAGGAAAGAGUUAGAAUGAGAAUUCAAUAUGUCCAAUGUGUUAUUAGAAUGUGUAACUGGGUAACACUCAAAUAUACUCAAAUCAUCUAUCACUCUACUUUGACGUUCAUACCUAAUGUGCAUUGAUAUGUAAAUAAAAACCCACAUCUUUGGCCCUCCUAAAUGAACACAUCCAAUCGGCUAAAUUUAUUUAGCGUGUUCCUAUUGACUAUGACCUACUGGAUCUCAAUAUCAAAACAUUCGUAGAGUUCUAAGUAUUUCAUACAAUUGCCUAAAAACCAUUCCUUCAUCUAACACAUUCAACUACACUCAAAUAAAAAAAAACCACUUCCAUCCUAAUUGAUUAUGCUAAUCUCAGAGAAUACUAUGGUAAACGUUCAAAGUAUAUCAUUCCAUUCCUCUAAGGACGCAUACUAAUUUAAUUGUACAUUAUAGAUGCUAAUCUCAUGUAGGAAGGUAAAAGUCUACGUACCUUUGAAUUCUAUUACAAUGCAGAAUAAGCAACUAUUGACGAUUACAUUUCCUUUGAAUCUGAUGGAGUAUGUAUCUCCAUGUAAUUACAAUAAGAACCUAUACAAUUAUCCAUUAAAUCACUUCAAAUUACAUUACCAACUGAAUUUAAUACUACUUUAUAUAAAUAAUCACCCAAGUCUUCCCCUAUCAUUGAUUCAUUCCUAUUCUCACCUAAAUUGCAUAAUUUCACUCCUUAAGUAACACCACUACAAACUAGAGUUCGUUUACAAAGCUUUCAAUUAGAAGAAUCAAAUUAAACUAUUUAAAAUCCUGUGGAUGAAUGGACUGAAGACCUAUAAAAUUUAGAAUAAAUUAGAGGAAACAUUGUUAACUUUGUCAAAACUUAACAUGGUAGUAGAUUAAUAUAAAAGUACUUUACUAUAUGUACAUAAAUUGAAUUAGAUUAAAUCUUAUAAGAAAUUGCACCACAUCUACCAGAUUUAAUGAUAGAUCCAUAUGCUAAUUAUAUGUUUGCUAGUCUAAGUCAGAGUUGUGCUCCUCAUUAAAGAUUAUACAUCUUAUAAACUGUACAUAUAUCUAAUUACCUAGAUUGGAAAUCGACUUGUUGAUAUUGCUUGUGAUAAAAAAGGAACACAUUCUAUUUAGUCUCUUGUUUCACUUAUCUCUUCCAAAUAAGAAGAAGAAAUGGUCGAAAAUAAUAUUAAAAAUAAUAUCAUCACUCUUACAUUAGAUAAUCAAGGAACUCAUCUUAUUAAGAAAAUUAUCACACGUUUCUCUGAAGAUAGACUUCAUCAUAUCUUUCAUAAAUUAAUGGAUAGAUUCAUCUUAAUUGUUAAUCAUCAAUUUGGAUUAUGUGUUCUUAAAGAUUUAAUUACUAAAUUUAAAAACAAUCCCGAUAAAUCUAAUAUCAUUAUUAAUAAAAUUAAAGAACAUUUAGAAGAAAUUGUUUAAGAUCCCUUUGGAAAUUAUGGAGUAUAACAUGCUAUUGAUGUAUAUAUUAAUAUAACACUAUAGAUCUAUGGAGAUUAUAGAUGUACCUCCAUCAUUGAUAAAAUACUACUCAAAUUAAUACAACUUUCUAUUCAUAAAUAUUCAUCUAAUGUUGUUGAAAAAUGUAUUCUAGAAACCUCUCCUAAAACUCAAAAAAGAUUCAUUAAAUAACUAUCCUAAGACAUCAUCUGUCUAGAAUUAAUGAAAAAUAAAUUUGGCACUUUUGUACUACAAAAAGCAUUACAAGAAGCUGAUAAAUUAAAUGAAGCAGAUACUUUAUAAUAAGCACUUUGUCGCAAUCUACCUUCCAUUUAUACUCAAAAUAUUAGAUAAAAAUGGAUUGAAUACUUAUAAAAGAAGUGA